AAAUGGUCUGAAGGCUUGCCAUACUGGCACUGUGUUCCUCCGCCCUCCUGGUUUAUUAAGCCGCUGAGCAUCCCGCAAACGGAGGACUUCUUAAUAGUGUGUAGGAGCUGGAAGAUGGCGGAGGUUCGCGGUCCACCUGAUCUUUUGCCUCACCUUCAGACACUUCUUUGUGGAUUCUAGUUCCAGAACUUCUUCUCUUCCCUCUCAGCCGACGCAAAGCGCGCGGCGGAGGUGGACACUGAGGAUGAACCGCAGCGCAACAGGGCUCCAGGAACCGCAGCAGGACGCGGCGCCGUGUCCGCCGCUGCCCGCGGAUCACGUGCUCUCUUCCGGAGCGGUGCUCUUCCCCGGUGUUUUUGAUCAGCAUGGCUGCCCGCUCUUCAUGUUCCCGGCAGACGGUCAGGCCAGACUCCUGGAGCUCAGCUCGGCAGAAGUUGUGGAUUUCAUCACCUACUUCCGCUGUCUGCAUAAUAAGAAGCAGGAGAAGCAGAGCUCGCCGUCGGUGGUCGCGGACCUGAGGAACGCCUCGCCGCCUGCAGCCAGGUUCAUUGCGGAGACUCUGCUGCAGCUGGAGCAGCCGCCCAACCAAAGGCUUCACAGCGUUUACAUCAUUCAGCCCACCAAGAAGGAGGUGCUGAAGCUGCUGCUGAAGCUCCUGGCUCCAUCAAAGACCCACUCCCCUUCCUUCAGAAAAAUCCUCCUAAAAGAACUCCAGGAGCUCUCCAACUACAUCGAUCGCAGCCAGCUGCCCGUGUCGCUCGGCGGGUAUUUGAGAUACUGUCACCAGAGCUGGGUCAGCUUCAUCAAGGAGAUUGACUCAUUUGUCCAGGAGUUCGUGUCUGUGGUGCAGCGUCUGCCCUCGUGCAUCUCCACCCUGCAGGCUAUGUCCAGGCUGCAGCCCCCCUCCACCCUCAAGGAUCUGCAGCACUUCUGCUACACCAACGAAGCAAAGUUCCUGCAGCUCAGGAGGGAUCUGGGUCUGGACGAGCUGCUGAGGCACUGUGAGGGUGUGGUGGAGAAGCUGCACCUCCCUGACUUGGACCCGUGCUACCAGGACAUGGUGGGCACCACCCUCUUCACCCAAACCGCCUUCGACAUGCUUCAGAACCACAGCAGAAUCACUGCUGCGGUGGAGAAGGUGGAGCUGCUGUGGCAGCAGGCCUUUUCCAAAGCCCAUCUGCAGCUUCAGGUGGUCCAACUGCGCAGUGACGCCCUAGAGAUGACGGAGAAGAUCGAACGCCUUCAGGAGAAGCUUCAGCCGUACAAACUGGAGAUUGCAGAGGACGGCGUGAAAGCUGAAACGUUGCUGUCUGAGUUUAAAGGCUCCAUUCACACUCCUGCUGUGGCUCUGGUCCGGUGCGCUGAAGACUUGAUCCACACGGUGGCCGAGGUUCUGCCUUUGGAGGCUCGGAGCCGGGAGAGCUGGGUUCUGGACCUGGAGAGGCUGAAGGACAACCUCCACUCCUCUGUGCAUUACAUCCAUCAGACCCUCAGAGCGGUCCACAGCUACCACCUCCACCACAGCAAGGUCAGCAGCUGGUACCAUCUGGUCCUCUGCGAGAACUUCCUUCAGGAGCUGCUGUCUGGUGUCUAUAAAGAUCCAGCUUCUUCUCGGAGGGCUUCCAUUCCUGCGUGGCGGCAGAGGCUGGCGCGUUUCCUGAAGAAGAAUCCGCCUCCAGACAUGGAGGUGCUGCUCCAUCUGGCUCAUGUGUCCAAUGCCAUCCCAGACCCGGAGAUCCAGCAGGCGGGGAGGCAGAUUUCUCAACGCUGCAUGACCCUCAGGAAGCUCCUGAUCUCCUCUGGGCCAGUGCCGGUGGAGCAGCUCCAGCUGGCCCUGCAGUGGCAGUACGAUCUGCUGCGGAGCAGUCGGGUUAAGCCGUCGUCCGACAGCGACACCGUGGAGGAGCUGCAGCACAGCUCUUCAGAGCCAGAGCUCAGAGGAGGUGGACUGCCUUCGCUCGGCUCCUUUGACUCCGGCUUCGGGCAGCUGGAGGCGCCCGUGGGGAGGGGGGGCAUGGAUGGGAUCGGGGAGGCCGUGAGUCCGGGCCGGAGGCAGCCUCAGAUCCAGGAGGAGAUCUGCAGCGUGUCAGACUGCGACCCAGAGGAGCUCGGCUUUGGCUCCGUGGGAAACUCCUCCAGGGCGAGCAUCCGGGCCCCCCCCAAAGGGCAGGCGGACGCCGUGAACUUUGAGAUCAAAGUGAAGCGCUCUGCGGCCCCCCCCACUAACCCCUGGUUGAGCCUACCUGUAGAUGAUCUGGAGGACUCUUACACCGUCACUAUCACGCCGAACCCAACGCCCCAGAGGACAGGCUCCCAUGAUGCAUCAGAGCUCCACGCUGCUUCCACGCAGACGGAGUCCCGGAGCAGCGUGGAGGAUCCCGAGGUCGGCCGCACCGGAAUCCCGUCCAGCACCAUCGCCGAAGGAGGAGACGAGCGCUCCACAGAGGACUCCUACGACCUCCACGGGCAGAAGGCAGACGCUGCCAGCAGCAGGAUGGACUUCUCUCAGGACUGGGAUGUGAAGGAGCAGGAGGGUCUCCAGGAGGUGGAGAAACUGCUGGAGAAGACGAAUGAAAUCCUGGAGGAGGAAGAAAAUGUUUUGGCUAUACAAGCUGUUCUGGAUUCUCUGAUGUGGACGGAGAAUGAUGAGUUUACACUGCUGGACAGAGAAGACCCGCUCUCUGAGACGUCCUCCUCUGAGCUGCCUGAAGACUCCGACGGUUCUUUUGAGCUUGAAUCAGAAGAUUCAGCUGCAGAGAGCUCAGCGGCUGAAGCUGCUGGACAGACGGCUGAAGGAUCAUCUCUGUGCAGGCUGGACCUGCUGACGGAGCUGAGGGACGUCCACGUCCUGGACGAGCUGAUCAUGGAAGAGAGCGAGAAGAUCCACAAACUCCGUCACUGUGAAGACCUCAACCGCCACCCCUCUGGACCUCCAGUCCCUGAAGAAAACUCUGCUUCUAGAAGGAGGGAGGCUUUUCGCUUACAGCUGGAAAAGGAGAGAAAAGAGGUGGAGAAGCUGGAGGAGAGUUUGGACAAAGAACAAGAAAUGAACGAAGAAGGCAGAUCUGAGGCCAAGAACUCGUGUUCGCAUCAAAAUGAUUUUCAGGACCAAACUUCUCUACCAUCAGGUCUCACUGAGCCCAAAGAAGAUCCUCAGACAUCUCCGAAUCAGAACCCUGGAGGCUCUGAAGCUGACCCCUCAGUCUGUGGAGAACCUGCACUGAACAGGAGACCAGACGAUGCAGCCUUUGAUCCUGGCGGUCGCCCCCCCGCUGCAGCGGAGCAGGAGCCCCCUGAAGUGUUGGAUCCAGCCUCCUGCUCUGCAGCUGAGGAACCGGGUCCUUCACAGAGGGGAGAUGGAAGUCCAGACCUCAGUGGUCAGCUUCUUCUCACCCCGAAAGAACAUCCUAAUAAAAACAACAACAACAACAUGAUCCUUAAAAACAGUGAGAACUCUCCUAAAAGCACAAGUGAAGAUGAAGACGACCCAUCAGAGAGACUUUUGCUUCACGUGGACCAGCGGUCCACAAAGAACGUCCAGUCAACUCAAGAAACACGUCCAGAACAGCUGCUGGAGUUUGACCCGCAUGGAAGACCCGAGCAGAUGGAAACGCUGGGACUUCACAGCUCAGAGAGAAUGAGGACGUCUUCCUGUGGGUCACAAGAGAUGCAGCAUCUCCACGACAACGUCAGAGACAUGGCUCAGUUUGAAACUCCCAUCGUUCUGGAUACUGGAUCUGGUUUGAUGAAAGCUGGAUUUGCAGAUCAAGAUCUCCCAAACGUCACAUUCCCAACGAUAAUCGGAAUACCAAAAUACGAGGAAAUCAUGAACGGUAACCUUCAGAGAGAGACCUACGUGGGUCAGGAAGCUCAGAACAUGAGGGGGGUUCUGGCUCUUAAACGGCCCAUAAAGAACGGGACCGUUCAGAACUGGGACGACAUGGAAAAGAUCUGGGAGCACACCUUCCUGGCGCUGAGGGUGGAGCCCGACAAUCACCCCGUUUUACUGACGGAGGCGGCCAUGAACCCUCUGGACAACCGGCAGCGGAUGGUGCAGAUCAUGUUUGAGCUCUUCAACGUUCCCUUCACAUACGUGGCGCUGCAGGCGGUGCUGGGGCUCUACGCCGCGGGGAGAACCACGGGUCUGGUGUUUGACUCUGGAGAUGGAGUGAGCCACAGUGUUCCCGUGUUCGAGGGCUACUGUCUGCCUCAUGCGGUGCAGCGCUUCCCGCUGGCCGGGCUGGAUGUUACCACGCACCUGAAAAAGCUCCUGCAGGAGCAGGGCGUGGCCAUGCGCACCUCAGCGGAGGAGGAGAUCGUCCGGGAGAUGAAGGAGAAGUGCUGCUGCGUGGCUCUGCACUACGAAACCGAGCUGAGUGGGAGGAGCCAGACCUGCAAGGAGAUGCACUACACCAUGCCUGAUGGGCAGGUGGUGACCGUCGGCUCAGCGCGUUUCAGAGCUCCAGAGAUCCUCUUCAAACCAGAGCUGAUUGGACGGGAUCAUUAUGGGAUGCACGAGAGCAUCUUCAAGUCGAUCAUGAGGUCAGACAUUGACCUGCGGCGGAGCUUCCUGGAAAACAUCGUCCUGUCAGGUAACCAGAAGACUCUUCCGGAAUUCCGGCUGUCUUUCCUUUUUUCCAUAGCUCAUGUGGUUGUUGUUUUAGGCGGGAACACUCUGCUGCCGGGCCUCCCCGAGCGGCUGCAGGCCGAGGUCUCGGGCCUGGUGCCUGCAGACAUGGCGGUGAAGGUCCGGGUCACCAGCCUCAAAGACAGAGACUUCCUGGUGUGGAGCGGAGGAGCGGUGCUGGCCAACUCGCCGUCCUUCAGCUCCGCGUGGAUCAGCCAGGAAGAAUACGAGGAGUACGGCCCGCAGAUCGUCUUCAGGAAGUGCUUCUGAGGCGGAAGGGCUUUGGGGAACAAAGUGCAAUAUUUGGAGCUCCUGCAGGGGGCGUGAGCCGCCUGGAGUAUUUCUGUUUGUGUCUCCUGUGGAGCCCGUUCUGUUCUGGUCGGGUGUGGAUCUUGGUGCUGUCGAGUUUUCAGGUGACGCUUGCUCGCUUUAAGACGAGAUACCCAAAGAUUCAAACCAGGAGAAACGUGUUUAUCAUUGUUGGUUGUGCUGUUUUUUUUACUUUUCUUGGAGAUGGUUCUAUGUGUUCCAAAACCUUAAACUUAUAGAUUAGGGGUGUCAAACUCCAGGCCUCCUGGGCCGGCCUCCUGCUGGUUUUCCAGAAAUCCUGCCAUAUCCGAUUACCUGGAUCAGGUGUGUUUAGCCUUCAACAGCGGAUUGGUUGGAAAACAUGUUGGUCAGCGGCCCUCGAGGCCUGCAGUUUGACACCGCUGUUAUAAAUGUUUAUGAACUAGGAUUGAAGCUGGCCUUUGAUUGAGGUUUGCCAAGUACUUUUGUUUGGAAGAGAACUAAUAAUUUCAGCAUUUUGUUUUUGUACAAUCAUUUAAGGUAAAAGGAAUUGAGAGAUGUGGUGAAAAACUGCUGAAUUCUAAGUCUGGAUAAAACCUCUCGCUUUUUUCUCUUUAGUUUUCCAGUGUUCGUUCUGAACUCUGAAGUUUGUCUGGAAACUCAAUUUUGAGUCUGAGCUGGACGUUUAGCUUCUUACAGACUUUUCCGGAUGGUGAAGUAUUAAGAAUUCUGUUGCAGUUUAGUGAAAUCAUCUGUUUUCCAUGGAUCUGCUGGGUUUGUGAAGUCUUCCUGCUCCAUGGGCGUCUUUUACCUCUUCUUUUGAUUGAGAAGUUUGUACUUGAAGCUGUUUUUUUUGAGUGUUUUUCUGCAUUGCUGCCUCAUGGGGGCGCUGUUUACCCUCAAAACCACUGAAGAGUUGGUGCAGAAACUUUCCGUUUGGUUUCCUGGCUAACUUGAAGAAAAUAAUUAUUUUUCUGGACAUUCAGAGUUUUGCAUUUUAUUGCUCAAACUCUACAGUCUCUUUUUUUCUUUUAAUAAACUUUUAAUUUCCU